AUGAUACGUCCUUCUAAUUAAAUCGGCGCGAGCAGCCAUCUCGUUAUUGUUGUUCAGUUUUUCACUAAGUUCGAAGAGGAGGAGGAAGAUGAAGAUGAAGAAGAGGUCGCUAAUGUCAGUGCUUUGAAGGAGAAGAAGAAGGCGAAUGGAAAGCCUACAAAGGUUGUUCCUGAUGCUGAAGACGAAAGUGAAGAAGAGGAGGAUGAAGAUGAGGAAGAGAUGGAUGAAGAUGAAGAAGAUGAGGAGGAGGACGAGGAUGAUGGAGCAGAAGAAGAGCCGGUAGCAGUAGCCUCGAAGAACAAAGCUGGAGCAGCAGCCCCUAAGAGCAAAGCUGUGGUUGCGCAGAAACCUGGAGCCACGAAGAACGUCGCAGCGAAUGAAGAAUCUGAUGAAGAUGAGGAUGAAGAUGAAGAUGAAGAAGUCGACGAAGAUGAAGAGGAAAGUGAUGAGGAACAAGCUGCACCCGCAAAGAAAGGUAAUGCUCUUCCGCGCUGCUAUUUUUUAUGAGC